AUCACUCUCAUCAUCCACACUCAUCUUCAAACAAGCAUUCAAUCUACAAUCUUCAAACCACUUCAAAUCAAUAUCCACCACAAUGUCUGACGCCGGUCGCAAGGAUUUCUCUACCAAGGCCAAGGAGGAAUUGACUCCUGACUCCACCAAGUCCACUCAGGACAAGAUCAAGGAGGGUGUCACCGAUACCACCGACCGCCUUGCCCGCGGUGGUCAGACCGACGAGAGCAAGUCUACCACCCAGGAGGCUUUUGACAAGACCCAGCGUUCUCACGACAACCAUGCCCACGGCGGCGCCACCUCUUCUGUUGGCGACAAGAUCAAGAAUGCUGUCGGUCUCGGCGGUAACUAGGUCAGGAGCCGCUGAUACUGGCACACUUCGGGAUAUUUAAUGGCGUUUAUCAUGGUCUUUCAUGAAUGAUGAUACCAGCUCUUUCCGGUGCACUUUAGGAAUGAUAUUAACGAGACAUUGAUCUUCAUCUCAUAUAU